AGCAGGGACUCCAUCGUUUAGAGAAGUGAAAACGUGUUGGUUUGCCGGUGAAGAAGAAAGAGAGACAGCGUUCAACCAUCAGAGACUCGAACAUGGACGUCUGCCACAGUUUGAUCUUCUUCGUCCUCACCCUGCAGGGUCCAAACACUGGUCUUGUCUCUGCAGGAGGACACCCCGUCUUUACAGGGACUGAAGGAGGAAAUAUUUCAGUUCAUUGCUCCUUUUUACUUCCAGGAAAAAGGAAGUUACUCUGCAAACCAGACUGUAAAGGACGCAUUCUCAUUGAAACGAAUGGUGACAAGGCUACACAAGGCAGAUACAGCAUUGAAUAUAUCGAUAGUUUUCUGUCAUAUCGCGUCGUUCGCGUUGGCAUCACAAAGCUGACGAAGUCCGACUCAGGACGGUACAUAUGUGGUCUGGACAGAUAUUGGCUUCCAAACUCACAUGAUCUGAUAGAUAUCAUCAUAGAAGAUGCUCCAACCACUUCCAAACCAAAGUGGACUCUUCAACCUUUUUCCACUGAAGUUCAGUCAGCCUCCUCACCCCCAACACCUCAGAGGCAAAGCUCCAGUUUAAGAAGUUUCACAUCCUCAUCCUCUUCCCCUGAAACCCCCACCCAUCAGCAGCAGACGGAGGGAACAGCUGCACCAGCUUCAGGGGGUCCGCUGUAUGUGGGGCUGAUUGUGCUCGCCAAGAUCUUCAUGUUAUCUCUGGCUGGGCUGUUCUUCUGCAGGAGGGCCCGGAAACACAAAGAGCUUCCUGUUGAAGCAGAGUACGCUUCUGUCUCAAAGACCAACAAGCCCACACAGAGCAGAUCUCCUGCUUACGCCAAAUACACCAAACCAAAAGACGAUAAAUCCAGUGACGACUACAGCUUGGUCGGACCCAUCGGUACCACUGCUGCCCGUUCUCAACACCAAGCUGCAGAUGAUUCCAGUGAACUCGUCUACUCUGAACUGAGAUUUCCUGUCGUUACCGCCUCAUCACUCAACGCCUCCUCUCGUGCCAAUGAUGUCAUCUACUCUAUGAUUCAACUUGGAGCGAGCUCUGAGGCCAAACUAAAGGAAGACGCUUCACCGCCUCCAGACUCUACUAAUACCUUUCCUCGGCACUAACCUCUGUGCUUCCUGCUCCCUCUCUCAGGGCUGACAGGUACAGGAGCUAUUUCGCAUGAGUAGCGUUAACACGUUUUUUUUUAUCCUCCAACCUCCUUUGAGAAGUGGCUCCUAUUUGUAACAUAACCACAUAUGUACCAACAAUGUGUGUUAAGAGGAGAGCUUCCUAUUUUAAACAAACGUAUGAUUAAUUAGAUUGGUUGCUAUUUAUCAGAGCCAGUACAGUUCUCCAACCUAAAGGGCAAAAACUGAAGAAAAAUACUUCUUAAUUUCCUCUUAUUUAAUUGAUUUGAUUAUUUUAAGAUAAUAUAUAAUUUUUCACACAAAAUAAAGUUUAGUUGUCAAGGGGGGCAGACCUAUACAGAACAAAACAUUAUUUAUUAAAUGUAUUAAAGA